UGCGACUCUCUUGUCUUCCCAAAUGUCUCUGAACCGUCUCAAAAGGAUCCUUCUGAGAACUGCUCUCCCCCCCGGCAGCCAAGACGAUGCAUUGAGUUGCAAAUACGGCAAAAACAAGUGACGAUCGCUUCCGAUGCUCGGCGGUUUACUCCACUUGUUGUCGUCUCGGACUUGGCGCCAUGGAUGUCACAUUACAUCUUAUCAUAUCAGUCACACCAUCUUCAUCUUAUCUGAUCACCAUUCACAUUCUCUUUGGCUGGCUCCUUUUUAGCCCACCAACACACUUGGCGUGGCGCAUCCCACACUCUUCUCCGACUCACCUGGACUCUUUACAUAAUACUACACUACAGUACCUGGGCAUCCUGGUUUAUCUGAUCCUCAACCCUGGCUGCAUAUGAACACGCCCGCGUUGACCAGACACAACGGAGUUCCUGAGGAUAACCGUUCUACCCGUCGCCAAUACACCCUCGCACCCACUUCACCGAGACGAUCCUACCUCUUCUGAGAGACCCAUCGAGGCCAUGCCAUUAUGGAUUGUGUCAAAGCGCAGAGUGCAAUGCAGGGCCAUUGUAGGUAUCCACGAUCCAUCAACGCAAGGUUAGAUGCCCAGGCCGACCGCGCUUUCAUACUCAUCCUAAAUGAUGCUUGCAUAACAGGGUCUCGCUGGCUCAGGGCUCCUAAAUCGGCUUUUUGAAUGACAGCUGACGUAUUGCAUUGGCUGCCAAGAUUGCUCUGUCUCUUCUGUCAAGUAUUGUACUCUCUUUGAGCGCAGUGAGGGCCUUUUCGUAGGCUACUAAGGCAUCGCUGAACUUUGACGGGCUCUGUUGGUGACAGCCUCGUUACUCAACUAGCAGUCAGUCAAUGGAUUGGCUCUUCUAAGAAACCUUCGCUUUACCCUUCGAUCGACAGCGACAGCCAUGUCCGUCACACUUGAUCAGUCGGGCACAGAGAAGCCCAAGAGAAGCUUUCUCUCAUCUCUCAAAACCUGUUUCACUUACCUCGAACUCUUGUUCGCCGCGGGUCCGACCUGGGUCGAUUACUUCCUCAUCGCGUUGGGUACUCUCUGCGCCGUUGGAGCUGGUGUUCCUUUCCCUCUUAUGGGCGUCCUAUUCGGCCAGCUCAUCGAUAACUUCAACGGAGCCACUUGCGCCGCAGAUGGUAGCGACUCGGGAGCGAGCGAUGCAGCAUCUGAUCCUCUUGACUACGAGAAUGCUAUCAACGACAAGGUUAUAAAGACUGCCUGGAUUGGCGCUAUUGCACUUGUCCUGAUCUAUGGUCAUCUGACCUGUUGGAACAUCAUCAGCCAGCGUCUUGCUCAGCGUUUACGGACUCGCUACGUCUCCGCACUUCUGCGCCAACCUCCAGAGUUCUUCGACACUCGUGGAUCAUCUGGGCAAGUGUCAAGCCGACUCCAGGGCGACAUCACAGCUGUGCAGGCCGGCACAUCAGAGAAGGUUGGCAACAUCAUCACAACCAUGAGCUUUUUUGUCACUGUCUUUAUUAUUGCCUUCACGAAACAGCCAAGACUCGCCGGUAUCCUCAUUUGUAUGCUCCCGGCCUUUCUUCUUUCUGGAAUACUAGGGGGAAGAUACCUGGGCAAGUUUGUGGUCAAACAGACGGAAGCAUCCGCUGCAGCCUCUUCCAUUGCUUCCGAGGCUCUGUCGCACGUUGCUGUCGUUCAAGCUUUCGGUGCCGCUCCCCGCCUUGAAGAGAAGUUUGCAGAGCACAUGGCCCGUUCUCGCAAGUACGCUAUAGCUAAAUCUUCCAUUGCCGCUAUCCAGACCGGUAUGCUGUACUUCAUCGCGUACUCCGGCAAUGCACUAGCUUUCUGGCAGGGCAGUAAAAAGAUCGCUGAAUCUGUGGCACGCAACGACGGGAGCACCACUGUUGGUGAGAUUUAUGCCAUCGUCUAUCUUCUCGUAGACGCUUGCGUCAUGUUGGGCGGAAUGGCACCCACUCUUCCAUUUUUAGGAGCAGCCGUAGGUGCAUUCCAGCGGCUCAAGGAAGACAUUGAUGCCCCUUCAUCCAUCGACGGAACUUCACGAGAGGGUGUUGUACUCCCUCCAAGUGCAGCAAAGACCCUGACAUUCCGCAAUGUGUCCUUCGAGUAUGCCUCUCGGCGAGGCCAGCCUGUCCUUGGCAACGUCACGCUUGACUUCCCGGCUGGAAAAUAUACGGCGAUCGUCGGGCUUUCGGGGAGCGGAAAAAGUACUAUCGCAUCACUAAUAGCACGUCUGCAUGAUCCCACCGAGGGCACGGUCGAACUGGAAGGGCACGACUUGCGAGAACUCAACGUCAAGUCUCUACGAAGUUUUAUUAGCUUCGUUCAGCAAGAACCCUCGCUUCUCGACAGGUCCAUCCUCGAAAACAUCGCACUAGGUCUGGUGAACUCUCCAAAGGAGCCCCACAAACACCUCAAAUCAUUGCUCAAGGGUCCCGAGCUCGCGAAGAUGGCUGCCAAGGGCAAGAAUGCAUUAGAUUCAGCUGCGGCUCUCGGGCCCGAGUUCGUCGAAAUUGCCAAUUUGAUCCGUCACGCCGCUGAGCAAGCUGAUGCGGCCAGCUUCAUUGAACGUCUUGAAUUAGGCUAUGGUACAACUGCCGGGCCCAAGGGGUCGCUUGUGAGUGGUGGCCAGAGACAGCGCAUUGCACUUGCUCGGGCUUUGAUCCGGGAUCCUGAAAUCCUUGUCCUGGACGAAGCAACAGCAGCUCUCGAUUCUGCGAGUGAGAAGAGAAUCCAGCUCGCUGUCGAAAGGGCUGCUGCUGAGAAAAGAACCAUCAUCUCGAUUGCGCAUCGUUUAUCCACUAUACGUAAUGCCGAUAAUAUCGUCGUCAUGAAGGCUGGCCGAGUCGUUGAGCAAGGAACUUAUGAUGAUCUUAUGGCCAAAGAGAAUGGCGAAUUUGCGCACAUGGCAAAACUGCAGACAGUUGGCAAUAAGAGUGACACAGGAUCCGUGGACGGCGAGUCGAUUGGAGCUUCAACUCUCCGAAAUGACACGCAGCUGAGCGAACAGACCGAGGUUUCUGAGGCAAAACAGCCACUAGAUUCCCAGAUAUUGGGCCGGGAGAAGGAGGUGACCAAGAAAAAAGAAGAAGUAGCAUCAGGUGAUGAUGAGCUAGACGAGGUGAAGCCUUUCAGCUCUGUCAUCAGGGGUCUUGUCUGGUUGAUUCGACCAUCCCUGGGCUGGUUCACCCUCGCCAUGAUCGCUGCUGUCUUCGUCGGGGCUACCUUUUCUGGUUCCGGUAUCAUAUUUGGCUUCACUGUCGGGGCGCUCAACCCUUGUGCAAAUACCCUCGACCACAUAAGAUCCAUGGGCAACCUGUUUGCAGGCUUGUUCUUCAUGCUCGCGGGCGUGGAGCUUAUAGCCAACUUUCUUGCUUGGCUGGGCUUUGGCAUUGUCGCUGAAAGGCUUCUCUACAAUCUGCGGGUUCUGUCGUUCCGAUCCUUGCUGGAGCAAGGGAUCCACUGGCAUCAGUCUGAAGGACGAACACCGACCAGCCUCCUUGGCAUCAUCACCAAAGAUAGCAUGUCUGUAGGUGCCUUUAGUGGUUCAACUUUCGGUACCGUGUUUGCCAUCUUCAUCAAUGUUCUCAUCGCGGUCAUCAUUUCCCAUAUCUUCGCUUGGAAGAUUGCCUUGGUGUGUCUUGUGACGCUUCCAAUAUUACUUGGCACAGGUUUCAUGCAGCUGCGCAUGCUGGCGCGUUACGAAGAGCGACACCGCGAGGCCUUCUCUACUGCCACAGCACUUGCAACUGAGGCUAUUCAGUCCAUCCGUACAGUGGCCGUCCUUUCCCUUGAAAAUGAGUAUAUGGAAGGUUUCGCCCGAUUACUGAAGCCUCCGAGGGAGCAGGUUGUGCGCGCCUCGGUCACAACUAACAUCUGGCUGGCCAUCUCAUACACAACCGGUACCUUUAUCAACGCUCUCGCGUAUUGGUGGGGCUCACAGCUCAUCAUGAAAGGAGAGUAUACUCAGAAGGACUUCCUUAUUAUAUUGGUCGCCAUGUUGACGAGCGCUCAGCUUUGGAGUGGCAUGUUCUCACUUGCUCCGGAAUUCUCUCGUGCUCGCCUGGCCCUGUCUCGCGUCAUGACGAUCGUCAAUAUGGGAAGUAGCACACACACAGGAAAACCUGGACAAGAUCCUUCUAAGACUGGGGGGGAUGUCGAAGCAUCCGGUGGAGAAAAGUCGCUCGGCCCAGCGGACAACCAUCGUCGUGGAGGUGCAAAGGUGACGUUCAAAAACGUUUCCUUUGCUUAUCCUAGCCGACCCGACGCCACUAUACUCGACAAUGUCUCCUUCGUGCUCCCACCCAACCAGUUUUGUGGUCUUGUUGGUCCUUCAGGAGCGGGCAAAUCGACGAUCAUGAACCUGGUCCAGCGUUUAUACGAGCCGACAUCUGGCAGCGUGCUCAUCGAUGACAACGACAUCAGCAAGCUUCCAGCGUCGUUUCGAGAUACGAUUGCUCUAGUACCUCAGGAUCCUGCCCUCUUUGAUGGUAGUGUGAGUUUCAAUGUUGGCUUGGGAGCACCUCCCGGUCAUGAAGCCACAGAUGAUGAAAUCAAGGAAGCUUGCCGUUUAGCAAAUAUACAUGAUGUUAUUGAGGCCCUCCCUGAUGGCUACGAUACUGAAUGCGGACCCUCAGCUUCUCGUUUAUCAGGCGGCCAAAGACAACGCCUCGCAAUCGCCCGUGCUCUUGUUCGUCGUCCCAGGCUACUGCUCCUAGAUGAGAGUACCAGUGCUCUUGACGCCGCCAGCGAAGCAGCCCUUCAAGAGGGUCUCGAGAGAGCAUCAAGGGGCACGACAGUAUUGGCCAUCACUCAUCGGCUGCAUACUGUGCAGAAAGCUGACAGCAUUUUCAUUGUUGAAAAUGGACAAAUUAUCGACAGUGGGCGGCAUUCUCAACUGAUGGAGCGGAGGGAAAGCUACAGGCUGAAUGCCAUGCAGCAGAUGUUGCAAUGAAAGGUCAGUGAUUGUAAAGUCACGAUGUGACCUGGCAUGUAUAAAAUAGAUUUGACAAUCUGUGUGUAUACUUUAUCAGAAUAAUUAUUUUGUUGAUAGAUUUAGUUGUAAGUGUGCAACUACUAACAAGC